ACAGCUGCCCCAACAACAACCACAACAACCGCCCCCACAACAACUACAGCUGCCCCAACCACAACCACAACAGCUGCCCCAACAACAACCACAACUGCCGCCCCCACGACAACAACUACAGCUGCCCCAACCACAACCACAACAGCUGCCCCAACAACAACCACAACAACCGCCCCCACGACAACAACUACAGCUGCCCCAACCACAACCACAACAGCUGCCCCAACAACAACCACAACAACCGCCCCCACGAUAACAACUACAGCUGCCCCAACCACAACCACAACAACCGCCCCCACAACAACAACUACAGCUGCCCCAACAACCACCACAGCAGCACCAACAACAACCACAACAGCUGCCCCAACAACAACCACAACAACCGCCCCCACGACAACAACUACAGCUGCCCCAACCACAACCACAACAGCUGCCCCAACCACAACCACAACAGCUGCCCCAACAACAACCACAACAACCGCCCCCACGACAACAACUACAGCUGCCCCAACCACAACCACAACAGCUGCCCCAACAACAACCACAACAACCGCCCCCACGAUAACAACUACAGCUGCCCCAACCACAACCACAACAACCGCCCCCACGACAACAACUACAGCUGCCCCAACAACCACCACAGCAGCACCAACAACAACCACAACAGCUGCCCCAACAACAACCACAACAACCGCCCCCACGACAACA